GAAGCCUGAGGCAAAGAAGAAGCAAUGCGUCCUUCGCUUUUCUAGGAUUGUUCCCUUCACAAUCUGGCGCUGCAUGGGCUGCUUUCAGUGGGCUUUCAGCUGCCUGCUGUUCUUUACAAGCAUCCGGGCCGACUAAAAUCGCAACGAGCCUAAUGUGUUUCGAAAAGUGUAAACGGGCACUCAAACCAACAUAAUUGUAUCAUACUCGAGGGUGUCAAUCAGCAUACUCUGGAGAAACGAUGCUCUUUCUCCUUGGAAAACCCUGGUCCAUCCAGGAGGCGCAGCAAUCACUCAUGCAAGUCGCGCUGAUUGCUUCCCGGUCGUACCGGAGCCCGCAUGCUCUCAGUUCCCUUAAGACUGCUGGUUUGAUAGCAAGUCCUUUGAAGGGUGGUGGCUUCAAAAUUGGAAACCUAGAUGCAGCAAGUGGAUCAAGAAGUGGUUUAAGCAGGAUUCCAAAGCAUUUUCUACACAAUGGUGGUCGGAAUCAUUGGUUGUAUCAGCAAGCUGAGGCAUCUCACUUUCAGCAGAGUGUGGCGAAGCUUGGGGCGUCAAGGUUCUCUGCAGAUAAGCUAAAGUCUUUUCUAGAGCAGUCAAAAAGCUAUGCCCAUGUUUGGCAGCACCGUGUUGCAGCGCCUCGCUUGUCUUCGUUGUUAGGAACUGCAAACACAAAGCUUGCACUCAAGGUCGCAGCAUUAGGAAGAUCAAGCUCAUUGAAGCUCCAGACAUUUCAUACUGGAGCGAGUGUCGAGGCUUUGCACAGAUUGAGGGCAUUUGGAAACUCGAUAGUCAGAGCAAACGGUUUUCAGGAGUCACUGCAAAGGAUCAGGCAGCAAUUACCUGUUCUAAGGGGAACAGGGUAUCAACGGGGCUACUCAUACCGCGGCGCCGUAGAUCCAAACACCGUUCUCUAUGGAUUGAUCGGAGUCAAUGUUGCAGUCUGGUUGCUUUGGCAAGUACCAGACUUACAGCCAUUCAUGGAACGGCACUUUCUGGCGUCGGUUGACUCCAUCGCAAGCCUGCGCCUGCACACAGCCAUCACCGCCAACUUCAGCCACUCGGAUGUCAAGCAUCUGGCGCUCAACAUGAUCUCGCUCUACUUUUUCGGACAGUCCAUCGGGUACCGGUAUGGCGGCCAAGCGCUGUUGGGGCUAUACCUGGCGGGCGGCCUCGGCUGCAUAGCCAGCUACUGCCUCUACUGGACUGCAUACGUGCCUUGGAAAGAGGGUUACAGUCGCCGUUUCUACGACCCCCGCCAAACGCGCCCGGCUCAAGGCGCCAGCGGGUCCAUAAACGCAAUUCUGAUUUGCAGCAUCCUGGCGGAUCCGUUCCGCACCAUCUACCUGAACUUGAUCAUCCCGGUGCCCGCAAUUGCCCUAGGGGCGCUAGUCAUCUAUUCGGACCUUUCGGGCGCCAUCGGACGAGACUAUGCGAGUCGAGUCGGCUACUCCGGUCACCUGGGCGGUGCCGCGGUUGGGGUUGCCGCUUGGGCGUACUUGCGACGCUUCCGCUUCAGAUAGCUUAGGUUCAUUCUCUGCUGGGACUCUGACCGUUGUCACUUUCCUGUACCAAUAUCCGUCGAUACGAGAAGAGCCCAUGUUACAGGUGGCAUAAGCAAACUGAAGCUAGAUCGCGAGCCCCCUUGGACUCGCAGAUUUGCUUUUGAGAUCAUGGCAGUAAAAUGAGGCCGUAUGACUCAUGAGCCAUAUCAUGUGGUGAUCACGGCAUAUGACACGCGUUCUUACGGCGAGUUCCUUCGGACGGUCA